AUGGUGCGAAUAAGCCUAUUUCUUACUCUGUCGUUUCUUCUAUCAUGCGAGAGCUCUCCUUCGAUCUGGAAAUUCCCAUGCGGUGCAAAUGUACAAGAGAAGAAAGUGAAAGAAAUGUAUCUUGACUAUUUUCGAACAAAUCUGGAAUAUGAGUUUAGUCUGAAGUAUGAUUGUAUACUUGAUGGAAGAGCCCGCAUAAUCAAGCAAAUGAGUUUAAAACCAGAGUAUUUCAAGGAAGGGGUGUUUCUUGAUCUCGUCAUUCUGCACGGAAAAAUGGGCUCCUCCUACUCUUUCUUGAAAUGGGACGAAUGGAUGAGUAAGUUGAAAGAUUGGGCCGUGAAUUCUAACAGGAACAAGAAGAAGAAGUUGGAGGUCGGAUGCGCAAUGCUCAAAAAAUCGGAUUACGAAAUACUUUGCCUUCUACAGACACACGGAUCCAUCCUCAAGCGAAUAUAUCAGGACUAUUACAACAUCAGUACGGCCAGUUCUUCUUCCAACAAAAGCAAGCUUGAGUGA